AUGGUGCAGAGAUCCGGCCUUGAAACCGGCUUGCGGGAAACCAUUCGCCGCCGGCACCAUCCGUUCGACUCACGGACGAUCCGCAGGUCGUCCUUUUAUAUUCCUCGCCGCGGCGGGGUGCCUUACGAAUGUGUCCUACUGCCUUACAUCCGGGAGCGCGGAGCCAUUAUGAAGUCUAUCCUCGACGAGGUCCUCUACGACGGUAUUUACGAUCAUGACGCAAGCAGCUCCGUGUGGAAGCACUUUAGGAAUAUGGUGCCUGUGCCUGGUUGAGAUGUCGGCGCCCCAUUCUUGCCGCCCUGGUUCGAUAGCCCACAGGACGCCGGUGAAAGGCCAAGCAGCUCCCGCAGGAGUGGUCAGCCCUCCUCCAGUGGUGACAUGGAUGACGUAUCCUUCUCUCAAUGCCAAAUCACUAGGUCGGCGUUUGGCUCAUGCACCCAUAGUGAGAAAUUCCUCGUUUGCUCCCGCGGCAGUACGGAUGCACUUAGAGCCUCUUCCAGCGACACCUCAAAUGACCAAUCUCUCCCACGCCUGACAUGUAGGGGUGGAUGUCACACCGCCUUCAGUAGGGACUUCAUAGACUCAGUCGAGUUCAUCACUCGCCAAAC